UAUCAUACAACGCGAAUAGCACGGGAGGAGAAAAACAUAGAGAAUGUAGUUGAUGUAAUAACAGAUGAUAAUUUGGAAAUCGAUCAAAAAAAACCUCGAAGGUGGAAGAUGAAGAUAUGGCUCCAAGAGCAAGAGCAGCAAUUUGAAACGCCAAACUUGCGAGGACCAAACUACAUCGCUGGCACUCACCCAUUUCCAAUGAACCCCCUUUUUAAACCUCAACCGCCGGUAUCAGAUGAAGUACGCGAGGAAAUAUACCGGCUUUUCACCGAUCAUCAGCUCACGCCCCGUGAUAUUGCUGAUAAAUAUGGAAUCUCUAUCAAACGAACAGAAGCUAUACUGAAAUUGAAAGAUGAAGAAAAAAGGCUCGUGAAAAAGGGCGUAGUAUUGCAGCAGGAUCUCCGAAAUAAUAUGGAGAAAAUGCUCGGAGUUCGAAUUUUCGCAAGGAGCGUUGAACCGCUAAGUACGAUUAUUCCAAAAGUAAAGAAACCGCGAUUUCAGCUCAUCGAAGAAGGCUCUAAAUUUACACCAGAGGAUGCUGCACGAAUAUUGGGCCGUGAGCCGCUUGAGCAAAUACAGCAAAGACAGCUCGAGUAUGAGCAUCUUAAUCCAUUUUCACUUGACGAUACAAAAAAAAAAGAUACUUUUCGUACUAUCAAGAAGGACAACUGUGAGACAAAUAAGAGGUUCAAAUUUAUUUUUGUUGAUACCGAGAAAAAGAAAACUUUGAUACGUGAACAAGAUGGGACAUUGCUUCAGAAAGUUGACGUUGAGUCAGAUAUGGCGAUUGCCAAUAAAAACAGUAGAACGGGUUCAUAA